CAAUAGUGUUUCAGACGCCGCUUGUUUGAAUCGUGUUGGUGAUUAUAUGCAAAGCUUUUUAAGGAAACCGCCGAACUCUUAUCGAUAAGAUGAGGAUGCCAGAAAUAGCCCGGAAAGAUCUUCACAUUGUUUUCAGUGAAGAAGAUCUACCAUACGAGGAGGAUAUCUUACGUAAUCCAUUUUCAGUCAAGCACUGGCUCCGGUAUAUCGAUCACAAAAAAAGCGCUCCAAAGAAUGCCAUCAAUAUCAUCUAUGAAAGAGCCCUGAAAGAAUUGCCAGGAAGUUACAAACUCUGGUACAACUACCUAAAAUUAAGGAGACGUCAGACUAAGGGUCGUUGUGUUAUUGAUCCAAUUUUUGAGGAUGUUAAUAAUGCAUUUGAGCGAGCUCUGGUGUUCAUGCACAAGAUGCCAAGAAUAUGGAUGGACUACUGCCAGUUUUUGAUGGAUCAAAAUCUUAUCACCCGCACUCGCCAGUCUUUUGAUCGUGCCUUGCGUGCACUGCCUGUUACCCAACACCACCGCAUUUGGCCCAUUUACCUUACAUUUGUGAAAAAGCAUGAUAUUCCAGAAACUGCUGUGAGGGUGUUCAGGAGAUAUUUGAAGUUGUGCCCAGAAGACACUGAAGAUUAUAUUGAGUAUUUGUCAGACAUUAAUCGGCUAGAUGAAGCAGCUCUCAAGUUGGCUUUCAUUGUUAAUCAUGAUGAUUUUGUGUCCAAACAUGGUAAAUCCAACCAUCAGUUAUGGAAUGAGUUGUGUGAACUGAUUUCUAAAAAUCCAGAUCAAGUGAGGUCAUUAAAUGUUGAUGCAAUCAUCCGGGGUGGACUUAGGCGCUACACAGAUCAAUUGGGUCAUUUAUGGAACUCAUUGGCUGACUACUAUGUCCGCAGUGGUCUUUUUGAAAGGGCCAGGGACAUCUAUGAAGAAGCUAUUCAAACAGUCAAGACAGUUAGAGACUUCACCCAGGUGUUUGAUGCUUAUGCCCAGUUUGAAGAACUUAGCCUGAGCAAACGCAUGGAGCAGGCUGCAAGCAACCCAAACCCAACUGAAGAAGACGAUCUUGACUUGGAACUCCGCCUUGCUCGGUUUGAGCAUCUCAUGGAGCGACGCCCACUUCUGUUGAACUCUGUAUUGCUACGUCAAAACCCACAUAAUGUCCAUGAAUGGCACAAGAGAGUAAAGCUCAAUGAAGGCCAACCACAUCAGAUUAUUGCCACAUACACUGAAGCAGUGCAAACUGUUGAUCCAAAACUUGCUGUUGGAAAGUUGAACACUCUAUGGGUCUCAUUUGCCAAAUUUUACGAGGAGAACAACCAGCUUGAUGACGCUCGUGUUGUUUUUGAAAAGGCUACACAAGUUGCCUAUGUUAAAGUGGAAGAUUUGGCAGCAGUGUGGUGUGAGUGGGCAGAAAUGGAAAUUAGACAUGAGAAGCCAGAAACUGCUUUGAAACUCAUGCACAAAGCCACAGUAAUGCCCAAUCACAAAGCUGCUUACCAUGAUGAAACUGAAACUGUUCAAAAUAGGCUGUACAAGUCCUUGAAGUUGUGGUCUUUGUAUGCAGAUUUAGAAGAAAGCUUUGGCUCAUUCAAAUCCUGCAAAUCUGUGUAUGACAGAAUAAUAGACCUAAAAAUAGCAACACCACAAAUUAUUAUCAAUUAUGGUCUGUUCCUAGAGGAACAAAACUACUUUGAAGAGGCUUUCAAGGCAUAUGAGAAAGGCAUUGCUCUGUUCAGAUGGCCUAAUGUGUAUGAUAUUUGGAAUACUUACUUAACAAAAUUCUUAAGACGUUAUGGUGGCACCAAAUUAGAGAGAGCCAGAGAUCUCUUUGAACAAUGUUUAGAAAAAUGUCCACCCAAAUUUGCCAAAGCUCUAUAUCUUCUAUAUGCCAAACUUGAAGAAGAGCAUGGUUUAGCCAGACAUGCCAUGGCAGUUUAUGAAAGAGCAACAGGGGCUGUUCAGCCAGAGGAAAUGUUUGAGAUGUUCAACAUUUACAUUAAAAAAGCUGCCGAGAUUUAUGGUGUACCUAAGACGCGACAGAUAUAUGAAAAGGCUAUUGAAAUGCUGGAUGACAACAAUUCUCGUGAAAUGUGCAUGAGAUUCGCUGAAAUGGAAACGAAGCUGGGCGAGGUGGACAGAGCUCGAGCCAUCUAUGCCCACUGUGGCCAGAUUUGUGAUCCAAGGGUAACUGCUGACUUCUGGCAAGCUUGGAAGGACUUUGAAGUGCGGCAUGGAAAUGAAGACACUAUGAGAGAAAUGCUCCGUAUCAAGAGAAGUGUUCAAGCAACCUAUAACACUCAGGUGAACAUGAUGUCAGCACAGAUGGUGAAUGUUUCUGGAUCAGCUGGCACUGUUGCUGAUCUGGCUCCUGGUGUGAAAGACGGCAUGCGUAUGCUUGAAGCAAAGGCAGCAGAAGUUGCACAGAUGGAGUCGCGGCUGGUGAUCCCCAAGGGUGGCAACAUUCUGUUUGUUCGUGGUGAAACUCAAGGAGGAGACAGAGAGGGAGCCAGAGUUGCCAAUCCAGAUGAAAUUGACAUUGAUGAAGAGGAAGAGGAAGGUUCAGGAAGUGAAGAUAGUGGAAAAGAGGAAGAAGCCAUUCCACACAUACAGAAGCAAACAGUUCCAUCAGAAGUGUUCGGAAGUUUAAAGAAAAAUGAUGAUGACGAUGAUGAUUAGGAGGAGUGCGGUGUGUCUGUUGUACAUUUUUGCACAUAAUGAACUAUGAAAAUAAAUGAAAUGAAUCAACGCAAA